GUCAAUUGUAAUCUGUUGUCGACGGAAUCAUCAACAUUCAGUCAAGCGCUGCAAAUUUUUAAGAAUUUUAUGUUAAGUUUAUAAAGUGAUAAAGUUAUUAAAUGUGUGAUAAAUUAAAGAAAAAAUAUCAUAAAAAAUACUAAAAAGCUCUUUGUGUUUUGUGUGUGAAAGUAACUGAGAAUUGUACAUAUCCUGUUCAAAAUUUAAACAAGGCCGACGGACAAGUGAGUUUUAAAGUUUGAGAUUUUCCAUCAAUCUCACCGUGGGAGAUUAUAGGAAAGCUCUGUUAUGACAGACAAUGGCGGUUCUGCUGUCUCCCACGCUCGAUUAAUAGAAAACGCGAUCGAGGCGCGCGAGGACAAGUGACGUAACGCCAUCUAGCGGUUGCCGCGUGUACUAACACAAGGGGGUCGGAGUCUGGGCAUCAUGAAGCUCAACCUGUUCAAGCGGUCGAUGAUAUUCGCGACGUUCUUCGGCUCGUGCUUGUGUAUAGCGCUGAUCGUCGCGUCGCUGGGCACGCAGCACUGGGUGGACGCGACGGCGAGGCGGCUCUCGAAUCCAACAGAGUCGAUGGGCAGAAUCAGUUUCGGCCUGUUCGAGGGCCACAAGGAGUUGAAUUUCGGAUACAGGUCGCGGAACGUCGAUUUCAGUAUAAAGUCGGGCAACCACCCCGCACGGCGCUGGGCGUGGUGCGGCACGGCGGCGCAGCUCGCGGUCGCGCUGGCGGCGAGCGGCGGCGCGUGCGCGCUCGCCGCGCUCGGCUCGGCCGCACGGGCGCGCUGCUCGCCGAAGCCGCUGCUCAUAUGUAACUGCGCUACCGUGUUGUUCUGCCUGGGCGCGAUGUCGGUGUGGCUGACGGAGUUCUUCCUGCGGCUGCAGCACAACGUCAUGUCGGAGGAGGACCUCGCCAACAAGUGGUCGUCGGACAUGACCGCUGAGUUGGGGAUAUCUUUUUGGUUAGUGGUGGCGGCGUGCAUCGCGGCGUUCAUCAACAACGUGUGCGUGCUGAGCGCGAUGGCGGACGCGCCCGCGCGCGACGCCGCGCCCGCGCUCGAGGAGAAGCUCAACGGCGCUAUCAUGCUGUACUAGACCUUGUUACAUACACGCUAUGGCUCACUUUCGCUUGAUGACCUCGAUGUAUAAUAUAAUGUAGGUGGGCAUACUGUGUUAGACCUUAUUGUUCUGCUGCUAUGGUUCACUUUCGCUUGUUGGACAUCGACGUACUAAAUGAUGUUGGUUGUCAUACUGUAAUACACUUUGUUGUUUGGACGCUAUGGUUCACUUUCAGUUGUUGGACUUAACGUACAAUAUGAUGUCGGUGAUCAUGCCGUAUUGGACUCUGCUGCUAUUGUAGUUGGGUUGAAUUUCAAGUGUUAUAACUUGUUGGACUAUAGUGUUGUCUAUAGUUAUGUAUUAGACCCUAUUGUUAUUGCGGUUGGGUUCAAAUUCACGUGUUAUAACUUGUUGGACUAGAUAAUGUUGUUGUCGACCUUAUCGCGAGGCAAUUGGAUUGAAUUUCAAGUAUUAUAACUUCUUAGACUGGAUAAUGUUGGUUAGACCUUAUUGCUAUUGCAAUUUGAUUGAAUUUCAAACGUUAUUGCUUUGACGUUAGCUCGUCGGAUUUGAUAAUGCUGUAUUGGACCUUAUUUCUAUUGCAUUAAGAUUUAAAUUGACUAUGAAAUCUAGCCAAUUCAUUGCAUAUGACAAAUACUCUUCCAUUACCGUUCAAACUUCUGUAUUAAAAAAUAUGCAGUGUUAUAAUUGUUUAGGUAUUCACUGAACAUAUUAAGAGCUUAAAACUCACUUAACAGGAUGAUGAUAUCAGCUGUUUUUCGUGAGUUAGUAAACAUUUAAACACUGUUAAUUUGAGAUUGAAAUCUGUCGUAAAAAUUUGUUCCGUAACAUUGUGAACUGGGCAUUGAACCCUCGACUUGCAACCUGCAUCUGACGGACGUUUGGGAAAAGUAAAUUCUUGGCAUAAUGGAUAAACGGUAUAUUUGCAGUCGACGAUAAUGCGAUAAAGUACCAGCAUUAAGGAUCACAUUUUUGCGGCUUUAAAGUUCCCUUUUAAGCCGCUGCCCACAAUUAGUUUCUUAAGAACCAAAUUAAUUGCGACCACAGGAACCCUCAGCUUUCAUAUAAAAAAUGAAUAAUAAAAAUCGCUUCUUUACUUUUAUUUACUUUCAUUCGACAGUUCUGAGGUAACAAAGUCAAAAAAAUAAAUAAAUAAGUAAUCCAAUUGAUCACCUACUCCUUUUUUUUGAAGACAGUUGAAAACGUGUAUUUGUGUUGACAAACACGACGGGAAAUAACUUGCAAAUUUAUGACAUCGAGAUAUAGACUUAAACGUGUAAAUAUUAAAGUUGAUAUUCUCAUACACACGAUUUAAUGGAAGUGAACAAUGAAUUGAUAAGAAACGGGUAAGGCUUUAUAGAUUACGUAUUAACGCGAAUAAAACGUGGAUUCAUUGUAACGGCUGGUAAUAACAAAUAUUUAUACGUAAUUCGGGUUUACUUUGUGUUUCUUUUUUUAUUAUAAUAAUUAUAUCUCCUUAUUAUUAUAGAUAGAGUAUUGUAUAAAUGAUGAGUGUGUAAAUCAAAUAAAAAAACCUAGAAAAUCUGAUUUAUACGAAUGAUUAAAUAAAAUCUUUUAGGGUUUUUUAUUUGAUUUACACACUUAUUCAUCUAUUUACAUAAAAAAAGUUAUUCUGGCGAAAUAUAACAUUGAAUAGUCAUUCUUAAAUAUUUAAUACAUACCUUGUUAUUCGCUAAAGUUUAACUUAUUUUAGUGUUUUUGUUAUGCGCUAAAAUAUAUUUGUCGAAUCGUCCGUCCUUGUAGCGUGUAGGCUUAGAAUAUUAAUAUUUUUAAUAAGUUUUACAAUUAUCUUUUUACGGUAAAGGCUGAUUGUUGUUAAGAUCUGUAUAUCCGUCCAAUAAAUAUCUUACAUAUUUGUAUAUUUGCAAUGAGAUAAUUGCUUAACGAUUUAUGAUGUAGUUUUAACUUAAUAUCAAAAUGAGUGAUACAUAAUAUUUUUAUUUAAAAUGUACUGUUUAUAAAUGUGUAUUAUAG